CCAAAAGGCCGAAUUUCAUAUUUAUUACAGGGCUUUUCUAUCCUUCUCUUUCAUUUUUAUUUUUUUCCGUAAAAAGAGAGGAGAAAGAUAAUUCGCCGAUCAACACAAACUUGAACAAAUAAAGGAAAAAAAAAAUAGAAAGAGAGAAGAAAUGUGGUCAUUAGCGAUCCUCACCACGCUAGCGAUAGCCCACAGCGCCGUGGCGACCGAGACCAACCAAGGAGCGACAAAUGCACAGAAUGGAGUUCUAGUCGGUCAUCUCUUCCCGGCGUGUAACGGCCGUCGGGCGGGCGGCCACAAGAAGUGGUCCAUGGAGCCGGACGUUCACUGCCUGGCGACUCCAGGCUUAGGCCUGCAGGUGCUCAGCCCAGCGACCUGCGCCAACGGGACCCGAGCAAAGCUCGCCCUCUUUGCCGACCCCAAAUGCGCGGGUAGGAAAGUCACGGCGGAGAACGGGUUGAUUGAGCUUUUGGACUCGGAGAUUGGCCGCCGCAGCUGCUUCUCGACCUGGAACGAGCUGAGGGUCGUUGGGGAGGACGACAUGCAAAAGGUCCGCGGCGUGGCCUUUUUCUGCGACCCUUCGCAGCUGCCCGAUAAACCGAAAGAGCUCGAACCGGAAAAGAAGGAGCCGGUGCCGUUAUCGCUGGCCAAGAAGGCUUCAGUGUCGCACAACAGCUGCUGGAAUUCCAAACACGGCCCGACGGCGCCGACUUUCCUGCAUCCGUCCCCCGACACCUGCCAGCGCCUGCCGGCCGGUCGCGAACUCCGCAUCGGGCAACCGGGCGCUUGUGACAACGGUUCGCGCCCGAAAUUGGCCCGGUUCAUCGGCGGUACCUGCUCACCCGACGAUGCGCUGCCUCUGAUCGACAUUACAGAUGACGGCGAGAUCAAGCAAUGCCUGGCCUGGGCCGAAGGGGAUGAUGGUCUUGAGACCAGCUACGGGUUUUCCUGCGAGGGCGUCAAAGAGAUUCCUGGCUCGAGUCAAGGCCGGCAUAGGAAUCGUGGCGGUAAUAUUCUUGGCUUUGUACUUGUGCUAUGCUUCAUCGGACUCAUCUCCAUUCUGAGUUGUGUCUUUGCUGCACUGCGCUGGGCAAGGCUGUUGGAGAGGGUUAUGGAUCUUAUCCGGGGAUCCCGCGAGGGCGCUAUCAGACUCUGAGUUCGGGAUAGAGUUAGCUGCCAAAACCCAGUGUCCUCCAGGCGGGGUGGCCUUGCCAGGAGAAAACUAUUGCAGCAAUGGUUGGAAGCCUCACUCUAUACUUCCACGGCGUCAUUGUACACCAUUCGUUUUCUUAAUUUUCUACUAGUUAAUGCAGCGAUCUCUUGCUUUCACCCAUGUAUGGUUAGACCAAGGGCUGAAAUUUACCCUCAGUCAGGUCUUU